AUGUCUGAAUUAUCCCAAGUCCAACUCUUUGUGAGACCAAUUCCAUUUGAUGUGGAACAAUCCGAGAUUGAGGAGCUUUUCGGAGUCUCCGGUCCAGUCAAGGAAGUCCGUCUCAUGAACGGAUAUGCUUUUGUUGAGUUUGAGAACAACGACGAUGCCCGUGCUGCUGUCGACUCUUUGGCCAACACCGAUUUCAAGGGUGAAGCUUUGCAGAUUGAAUUUGCCAAGCAGAAGCCAGCUUACGCCAAGAAGGGUGAGUUCAGAGUGAAGGUUACUGGAUUGCCAGGUAGAGUCGCAUGGCAAGAGUUCAAGGACUUUGUCCGUGACGAAGCCCGCUUGAGUCCAACCUUUGUGAAGAUCCCAUACGAGGAGGAAGGUGUUGCCAACCUUGAGUUCGGCUCCAGAGAGGAUUUGGAGGGCGCUAUCGAGUCCAUCAGCAAGCUGGAGUACCAAGGUUCCCAGUUGACUGCUGAGGAAGACACUUCCCCAUUCAUUGCACCACCUCCACGCAGACAGGGAGGAGGAAGAGGUGGUUUCAGAGACGACUUUAGAGGCGGAAGAGGUGGUUUCAGAGAUGGUGGAUUCAGAGGUGGAAGAGGUGGAGGAUUCAGAGGUGGCAGAGGUGGCUUCAGAGAUGAUUUCAGAGGUGGAAGAGGAGGAAGAGGAGGUGAUUUCAGAGGUGGUAGAGGCGGAAGAGAUUCAUACCGCGAUUCUGCUCCACGUGAAUACAGAUCCAGAGAUGAUUACCAACCCCGUGAGGACUACGGAGGAGACUCCGGAAGGGACUACGGUAGAGAGAGAUCUCCUCCAAGAUACUAA